AUGGCUCCAAAUGCACAUGUCAAAAAAGCAUUUAUUGCUAUGAAGGCGCUUGGGAUACAGGAUGCGCAAAUUAAGCCGGUCUUGAAAAAACUGCUUGCCCUUUACGAUAAGAAUUGGGAGUUGAUUGCAGAGGACAAUUAUAGGGCUCUCGCUGAUGCUAUCUUUGAGGAACAAGAUACUGAGAUGAAAGCAAGUCAAGAGACUGAGGAAAAGAAAAAGAAGGCUGAAGAAGUUGAAGGCAAUAGUGUAUGUGAUCGAGUCUUUCAGGGUGAAGAAGUAGACAGGGGAAAGAAGAAGGCUCCCGAAUCUGCCGAGGAAGAAGAAGAUGCCUUGGCUGAGUCUGAACGACCUUUGAAGAGGCUGCGACGCAGAGGUGAAGGAGGCUCUGCUUCGACAUUUACAAGUCCUAACUGUGGGAGUCCCAGUUUUAAGGAACCUUAUGACGAAGAAACUGCCUUGAUCUUAUUGCCAUUUCAUCCUCUAUCAACUGAAAGUGACCCUGAUGAUGCUGCGCUUACUAUUCCAAAACACGAACCCUCUACUGAUUUGCCUUCUAGUUCUACUCAUCCAGAUUCAUCAGAUAGAGGGAACUCUUCACUUCCCAUGCCUAACUUGGAGAAAACAAAUGGACAUGUGAAAGAAGGGAAUGGUAUAGCAGUAGGCACUGUUAAUGGUAGUCCCAGAGGCGUUCCUCGUACUACUGUUGAGACAUUUAGUGACAACAAGCUGGCUGCAACUCCAGAAGAAGCUUCAGCACUUGAAUUAGCCUCUACAGCUUCUGGUGAGGUGAAGAUAAACCUGAGUUUUGCUCCUGCGCCAGGAGGAUCAAGUCUCCAUAUACCUUCCAUGGAUGAAGUUAGAAGAGCAAUGGAGGAAAAGUGUCUGCGCACAUAUAAAAUAUUGGACCCAAACUUCUCUGUGUUUGGGUUUCUGAACGACUUCUGUAGCUGCUACCUGGACCUGGCAACAAAGCCGAAAAAUUCAGCCAACCAGUCACCAGAAAACUUGCCCUUCCUCACAACGAACAUUGAAGCGCUGAAGAAAUCUGCUGCGAGUAGGGCUUUUACUUCUCAUGGCAGUAAUGUUCAAAUGCCUGGUUCAGUUGAAAACAGUCCAGUUGGUGACUCCAUGGGUUUGGUUGUUGUUCCCGAGUGCCAAGUCUCUGCGGAUGAGUGGAGAGUAUUAAGCAGCAUCAAUGACAUCACCCUAGGAGAAGAAGCUGUUGAAAUUCCAUGGGUGAAUGAGUUCAACGACAAAUUUCCUCCAUUUUUUCAGUACAUAGCGCGAAGCCUUGUGUAUUUUGAAGCUGCAGUGAAAUUCUCACUUAAGAAGAUCAGUGAUGAACAAUGCGGCUCCUCUUGCUUUGGUGAUUGCUUGACUCCAUCAAUGGCAUGCAGUUGUGCAACUGCGUGUAAUGGGUUAGCUUACACAGUAGGUGGCCUCCUACAGGAAGACUUUUUGGAAGAGUGCAUCUCUGAAGCUCGUGAUCUUCAGAAACAUGUUGUGCAGUAUUGCAAAGAAUGUCCUCUAGAAAAAGCCAAAAAAGAAGAGAUUCUGGAACCGUGCAAAGGGCAUCUGAAGAGGAAGGUUAUUAAAGAAUGUUGGAGCAAGUGUGGCUGCACUAAGAGAUGUGGCAACCGAGUUGUCCAACAGGGCAUCCACAACAAGCUGCAGGUGUUUUUCACAUCUAAUGGGAGAGGUUGGGGACUCAGGACUCUAGAAAGACUGCCUAAAGGAGCAUUUGUCUGUGAGUUUGCUGGAGAGAUAUUAACCAUCACGGAGUUGUUCGAACGAAACUCUGAGAAGCUUACUUCUCCGGUAAUUUUGGAUGCGCACUGGGGUUCUGAAGAACUUUCAGGGGAUGACAAAGCUCUUUGUCUUGACGGGACACAUUAUGGAAAUAUUUCUAGGUUCAUCAAUCACAGAUGCCUAGAUGCAAAUUUAAUUGAGAUCCCAGUUCAUGUGGAGUCCACGGACGUAUAUCAUGUUGCUUUCUUCACAACAAGAGAAAUCAACGCUAUGGAGGAACUUACCUGGGAUUAUGGUGUUGAGUUUAAUGAUAAUGUGUUUCCAACGACUCCAUUUCAUUGUCGAUGUGGUAGCGAGUUCUGCAAGAACACUAAGAAGACAAGCAGUGAGUAA